AUGAUGUGGCUCAGAAGCUUGUUUUCCAGUCCUUGCCGCGGUGGCUGUGGCUGCAGGAUCUUGGGUCAGAGUGUGGGGGAGCAAGGUGAAAUUUCCUUGCCGGCCCCCACCGUGGCCUUCUACGACGCUGAGCACGACGCCGACAACUUCGAAGGAGACUUCUGGUCAGACGUUCAGGGCAUGUGGUACCGACAGCACGACAAUCGUUGCAUCGGUGAGAUCUGCAAAAAUUACUUGAUCUGGCAUGUACACUGGCGCCUGGAAGACGAUUUGACAACGUUGCAAUCCGUGGCAUCUGACAUUAUCAUGUUCACUUACAAGGGGAACCAGGUCAUCGGCAGAAUCUACCGCGAUGCGCAGACUUCCAUCUAUUGGGAUGACGGCGACGUGUGGCUACGGAAGUGA